CCAACACUCUCGUUCUCAAAACGAAGUGUGGACAGACGUAUUGCAUACCUUUCAUAGGUACCACUGCGACACCACGCCCCGAUCCUCCUCCCCCGGAGCCUUCCGUGCCCAUACCAUCUCCUUUCAUCACUGUCAGCUCGCCUCGGCAGUUCUCCCACUUCAUCCAAUAGGACGACGUCACCUUCUUUAUGGUGGACGUGAUGGAUCUCUUACACUAUGAUCCACCCUGUCCCGACGUCCAGCUCAUCCAUCUGGAGCCAGAUCCUCCUUCUAUCUCCAUGCCUCCCAUCUCUACUUCCGUUCCUCCGCCGUCCGUCGAGUUCACUCCGCCGUCGCGCGCUGACGCUGACGCUGAGGAGCUCGCACGAUAUACGGCUGACCUGGAGCCCGCAGUUCGUGACCUCAUCCGAGAGUACUACGACGUUUUCCCAUCGUCGUUCUCGUACGCCGGCAUCCCACCGAUGCGUGACGUCGAGCACUCCAUUCAGCUYGUGCCUGACUAUCRUGUUCACCACCAGGCACCCUACWGACUCUCGAUCCMCGAGGCCACCGAACUCAAGCGUCAGCUUGAGGAGCUCCUGAGACUGGGUUUCAUUAAACCCAGCAACUCCCCGUGGGGUGCACCCUUCCUCUUUGCUCGCAAAGCGGAUGAAACUCUUCGUUUCUGCAUCGACUACCGUGGUCUCAACCGCUACACGGUUAAGAACAGCUACCCCAUGCCUCGUUCCGAUGAGUUGUUCGACCGCCUAGCAGGCAACCGCUUCUUUACGAAGAUCCAUCUUCGUAGCGGUUACCAUCAGAUCCGCGUCGCUGCAGCCGACCAGCCGAAGACCGUGUUCCGAUCGCGAUUCGGCUACUACGAGUUCACAGUGAUGCCAUUCGGCCUCACCAUCGCACCCGUUACCUUCCAGAGGGCGAUGAACAACAUCUUCACGGACAUCCUGAAGCAGUACGUUCUCGUCUACCUCGACGAUAUCUUGGUCUAUAGUCGUACCCUUGAGGAGCACCUAAGACACCUCCGCGACGUCCUUGACCACUUGCGCAGACAUGGCUUCUACGCCAAGCUGAGCAAGUGCCGCUUUGCCCAGCACAAAGUGGAUUUCUUAGACACUACGUGUCUGACCAGGCUACGUGUCCGAGCAGUAGCAGAGUUCCAUGACCAGGCAACUGCCGAUCAUAUGGGCUUCCACAAGACGUUGGCUCGUGUGAGCCGCCUGUACGUCUGGCCGAACCGCAAGGACUUUGUGAAGGACUACGUCGCAGAGUGUCCCACCUGUCAGGAGGUGAACAGUGCGAACCACCUACCUUAUGGUUUGCUCCAGCCUCUUCCUAUCCCUGAGGGUCGUUGGCAGUCCAUCUCGAUCAACUUUAUCGGUCCUCUUCGUCCUCCGACCCCUCGCGUUCAUGAUGCUAUCCUGGUCAUCGUCGAACGCUUCACGAAGCGUGCACGCUUUCUUCCGUGCCGCUAUGCUUUCAGUGCACGUGAGGUCGCCGACAUCGUGUUUGACCGAGUCGUGCGUGACCAUGGCUUACCUCUCAGCAUCAUAUCUGACCGUGACCCUCGCUUUACCAGCCGAUUCUCGCGACGGCUCCACGAGGUAUACGACACUCAGCUCCGCUUCUCCUCGUCUUACCAUCCUCAGACUGAUGGUCAGACCGAGAUCACGAACAGGACUCUCGGAGAUAUUCUCCGAAAGAUUGUUCGUGACGACCAGCAGUAGGACCUCCAUCUUGCCCACGCGG